AUGGGUGAGAAGGACGAGUCACGGCCUGAAGCGGUCGUUGACCAUGGCUCGCUGAAUGGCGAUGCCUUUGACAAAUCUGCCAUUGGAAACAUCACCGAAGUCCAGGGCAAUGCACAUUUCCAUGAGAUCGUUACCGGGGCGCCGAUGGAUCCAUGGUCAAGGACGAGCAUCAAGUUGUACCUCAUCCUGAUGGUGGCAGGAUUGAACGCGACGGCAUCUGGUUUCGACGGUUCCAUCUUCAGCUCUAUCAACGCCAUGACGCAGUACCAGGAUUAUUUCCACCACACAGAGCUGGGAUCAUCCACCGGCAUUAUCUUCAUGAUUUAUACCAUCGGUAACAUGGUCGGCUCCCUCUUCACCGGCCCGAUUUGCGAUCGCUUCGGUCGUCGCGCCGGUAUGAUGGCUGGUGCUGUCUUCAUCAUGGUCGGUGCCAUUGUACAAACCGCCGCCAAGAGUGACGCCUACCUGCUGGGCGGUCGAUUUGUCCUUGGAUUCGGUGUUUCUAUCGGAACUUCGUCUGCUCCGACGUAUGCCCUCGAGUUGGCUCCUCCCCAGUGGCGUGCCCGUGUCGUUGGCUACUACAACACCUUCUUCUACACCGGCUCCAUCCUCGCUACCGGAGUCGCAUAUGCCUCGGCCAAGCACAAUAGCACCCUCGCCUUCCGCCUUCCCAUGGCCCUCCAGAUCGUUCCUCCGCUUGUCAUCUUCUUCGGCGCACUCUUCAUCCCCGAAUCCCCUCGAUGGCUCACCAUGUGGGGAAAGCAGGACAAGGCUGCUGAGAUCCUGGCCAAGUAUCACGGCGGUGGCGACUUGAACCACCCGCUGGUCCAGCUCGAGUUGCGCGAGUUCGAGACCUCGAUUGAAUUGCAAAAGUCUUCAAGUGUCUUCAACUACUGGCUUCUGGUCAAGGACCGCAACUCUCGAUGGCGAUUCACACAGAUGGCCUUCAUGUCUUUCUUCGCCCAGCUUUCUGGAAACUCGGUCUUGACUUACUAUCUGCCUUCCAUGUACAAGCUUCUGGGUAUCAUUUCUGUUGACCGCAGACUGCUGCUUACCUUUGCGAACUCCAUCGUUUCUUGCACUGGUGCUGUUGCUGGCUCUGCCACGAAUGACAAGGUUGGUCGCCGUACCAAACUCUGGAUCGGUAGUCUUGUCCUCGCUGGACUAUUCGCCGCAGUUACUGGAUUCUCUAGCAAGUUCGAGCAUGGUUCUGCGGGUAUCAGUACGGCGUAUUCGAAUGCCGGUGUUGCUAUGAUUUUCCUUUUCGGCUGCGCCUACUCAUUCGUUUAUACUCCUCUAACCGCUACAUACUGUGCGGAAGUUCUGGCCAACGCUACCCGUGCCAAGGGUAUGGGAGUUCACGUUAUUUUCUCGAAUACCGCAAAUUUGUACAACACCUAUGUCACUGCUAUCGCUCUGGAUUCCAUCGACUGGCGCUACUACCUCAUCUUUGUCGGCCUCAAUCUCAUCUACGCCGUCUGCUGGUACUUCUUUGGCAUUGAAACUCGUGGCCGCACUCUGGAGGAGUUGGACGAAGUCUUCAACGCAAAGUGGCCGCCGCGUGCUGCCUUGAAGAAGCAGGUUAUGGUCAGGCAGCAGGACGGUCAUCUCGCAGGCCUCCAUGACGAUGAGCUUGUUCGAGAAGUCUAA